AUCACAUCAAGUGAAAUAGCUACAUGGGUGAUAUGAGUGCCAAAAGGAGUGAUGCCAAGUUGUAUGAAAAGUUUAAAGUGGCAGCACCGGAAAUGCUGGCCCAAAUCAUCCAGCUGCUUGCAUUGUGCCAUAAAAUGAACAUCCAUGUGCCACGAGGGGUCAAGAACCUCUUCGAGUUCACAUGGGAGGAGCUAACAGUAACGACAGAAAGGAAAGCCAUCACUGGAGAAUACUGUCCUCUGGUCUAUUUAGUCCCCACCAUGGAAUCAUCUUUCUCUAGCACGACCUACAAGAGCCGUAACGGGAGGAAAUCUAUCCCCAAAGGCACAAUGUCAGAGCCCAGCUACCUGUCUCCUUCAGCAGAAAAUCAACAAAUAUUCCUCAAGUUCCAGCAAAGGUCAGUCCACCUGCUGAGUGAACUCCUCAAGCUGAAGAUGAAGGUGAUGAUUGAUUCUGUUACUGGAUGUAGUUCCGAUGAGGUUACCAGAAAGUUUUUGGAUGCAGGUCAGCUGCUAUGUCCCAAGAACCAGGAGGAGGCUGCUGAAUUAAUGGCACAAGCACACAAAAAAAGAGUGUCAGCAAGCACCUGCAAGCCCGUCCCUAUUUCCUCCACCAUCCAACUAAUACACCAAGUCUCUGUGUCCUGCCUCACCUUCUCACUUGCUUCAAAGGAAAACAAACUACCAAAGGCCCCAGGUUCCUCUAAAUUCAAACCUAUGCAGGAAGUAAUAAAUGUUGACCAUCAGCAUGACCCGUGCCCUGAAGCCAGGCAGAAGCUCAGAGAAAUGUGCCAACAUAUAGAGGAAGAGAAGGCUGCAAUGAAAGCAAAGGGCCAUACCAAGCCCCUAAUAGUGCAAAACUAUGCCAUUGUGCUCGGGUCACCGUCCAUCUCCUCUAGGAAAAGUGGGCUGAUGGUCCCACUGCCAACAGAACGCAAGCCUAAACCACCAAAGCUCUAUUUUGCCUUUCCUGAUGGGACAGCAUUUAUUUUUUACCCAACAGGAAAUAUUGCUGCUUGCCAGUUCCCUGUGUGCUGUGUGGGAAAAACAAUCACCCUUCUCUUUAAUAAUGCUCCAAGUCUAGCUCUUCUGGCCUCUUUUAUAGCUGACUACCAGGCAUGUGUGCAUUAUUCCUUCAAAGCUAGCUGUUCACUUGCAUUGAUGAUGGAUCUUGAAGGAGGAGCAGUCAGGGACAGAGAUGGAUAUUUGACUCACAAGUGGAGUUGGGCUUCAAAGACCCAGACUUUUCAGUCUUUAGAAUUUCAGAUAAAUGAACAGCUAAAACUGAAGGUACUUGGUCAAGAUUCCAUUACUCUUUCUUUUUCCUGUUUGAAUGAGACCAUCAAUAUGUCUUUGUCAAGAGCUUCAUGUGCACACACACCCAAAGCUGAAAAAUGGAUACGUGCAAAGGCAUGUGACGGAGAGGAGAAGGAACAACUGGAGAGAGCCUUGGAAGAGAUUAAGAAGCGAUUUCAGAAGACGAUGAAACAAUUUAUAAAUGCCAUUUUGAUAGCUUCAGGUAUGAUUCCUAUAGAAUAUCCAAUUCUAGAAGGAGCAAAGUAUGUCAAAUUUAAAAGGAAGGAAUUGUCAUCUCAAGCCUGGGCUAAAAGAGUGAACGAACAUGCUCCAAUAGCUUCAGAAAUGAAAAGGCCUCAAAAACCUCCUAGCAGACUGAUUGACCAAAGGAUUCCUCCCAAGCCUUCUCGCAGACCCUUGGAUCAAAGGAAACCUUCCAGUCACUUGGAUACCGUGACCCAACCAAAGCCUGCACCAAGAGUUAAAACCAUUUCAGCUGCAGAGACACACUCUGCCAGUACCUGGGCAUCAUCUAUUGCUGACUGCCCAAUUGUGCUCCGAAGGCUGCUCUCCAAACAGGACACUGGCCUGGGUUGCAAGUGCGUCGUGAAAAUUCCAUUUGUUACCGACUUGGAGUUUGACAAGUUUAUUUCAGCCCCCAGAAAGUCCGAUCAGAUCCUGGUGAUCUUUGUCUUGUCAUCCCAAAACCCUUCCUAUUCUCCCUUCUUGGAAUGGAUGUUACAAAGCCUUUACACGGAAAAACAGCAUGGCCGCCCAUCCCCUUGUGUUCAGUCAUUCCGGACUGGAUUAAUAAUAAAACCAAGCAAGUUUCACUCAACAGUGACAGUGAAAUGGUAUAGCAGUGUCAGAGCUCAGAGCCAGCAUAUAUACUGCAGGUGUGACCCUUACCGCUUGCUGAGGUAUGACAUGGACAGUGUCAUGAGAAAAAAGUCUCCCCUGCCACCUCUGCUUGUGCGGAAGCAUGCUGUCACUCCGGGAAUGGUGCUGAUGUACGCUGGAGGGAAGCUGCUCUUCGGGGGCUGUGUUUUCAACGGAUAUGGCUGCAACAAGAAGGACCUGCUGAAGCAGAUCGGCCAAGCUCGCCUCGACUGCAAGAUGGGUCACUUCCUGCCAGAGAGUUUCAAAUUUAGUUCUAUCCCUGUGGAAGACCCUGAUCUGGACAAAUUGAAUAGCCAACAAGAUUCAGUGAAGACAACUAGUGAAGAGCCUUCUUUAGUGCCCAAGGGGAAAGAUACUCCCCGCUCAAAGCUAAAGAUAUUAAAGCCUUUGACAGCCAUGCAGUGCAUCUUUUCCAUGCAAGAGCAGCACCAGCAGAAGCAGAAGGAAAACCAAAAACCGCAAAGAGCACAAGCAAAAGGCAGCAGAAGAACUAGUGAGGCUAGAAAAUAGACACCCCAGGCAUCUACUUCACACAGAGAUACGGACAUAGCUACAUCUUUCUAAACCUGCUCUGCCAUUUUGUCCAAUCUGCUAUAUUUUGAUUGUUAGUAACAGGAAAUAUUUACUUUUAAAAUCUCAGUAUAAAAUUGCAGUCAGCAAA